UUUCUUAAAGAGGGUAUAUUUAUACAAGAAACAAGAUAUACAUGUUAUUCAAAGCAAGAGCAGAAUAUACAUACACACAUACAUACAAAUAUAUAUAUAUAUAUAUUAUAGAUUUAUGGGUGAGGAGGGAACAGCAAAGAUAUACUGCAGUGAUGAAGAACAGCUUGCAAAACCUGCAGGAACUGAUCAUCGUCCUCAGCCUGCAGCUAAAUCCAACGAUCGAGAUGAUGUUCUGGCACAAGUUGAGAGGGAGAAGAGAUUAGCACUCAUCAAAGCCUGGGAAGACAAUGAAAAAUCAAAAGCUGAUAAUAAGGCUUACAAAAAAUUAUCAACAGUAGAUGCUUGGGAGAAUUCGAAAAGAGCAAGCAUAGAGGUCGAAUUGAAGAAGAUUGAGGAAAAUAUUGAAAAGAAGAAGGCAGAAUAUGCAGAAAAGAUGAAGAACAAGAUGGCUAUUGUUCGUAAAACGGCUGAUGAGAAGAGGGCAAUGGUCGAAGCUGACCGGGGCAGAAAUUUCCUCGCCGCGGAGGAAUCAGCUGAAAAGUAUCGCGCAGCAGGCGCCGUCCCAAAGAAAUCCUUCGCUUGCUUUAGCUGUUGAGUAUAUAUAUAUAUACUUGUAUAUAUGCAUAUGUAUGUUUGUUUAUUUUCUUGUGGAUUAAUAUGAUGAAUAGCUAAGGAAAUGAACGUUUGUUGAAAUGAAUUUGUAGGUAUAGUGAAACUACGUGCGAUAUAUGAGAUAUCUAUCUUUUUUUU